AUUUCUGUGUUUGCUUAACUUUCCAAAAUUCUCUGAAGCAAGGACGCUCCAGCCUGAAGAAUCAGUACAUCGAAUCAACUUCACACCAGUUUCAGGUAAAAAUGGUUUCAUUGAGAGAACUCACAGAGCAACGAGGUAACCAGGGCAAAGAGGGAGAAGAGGGAGGGGUUUUGUCAGUGGAGCCUAUCACGAUGAUAGUGCCACCGGAGUUGCAGGAUGUGCCGGAAACAAUGGCGUCUGAGAGCAACACGAGUUCCAGCGCCAGCGACAACGGUGUCGAGCACCCCAGCGCACCGUCGAGCAGCUCGUCCGAGGGAACACCAGGCCGCGAGGAGGGGGUAGGGGAUGUAGUGAGCCAUGUUUCAGACCGGCCUAUGAUGGAAGAAUGGGAGAGUAGGACCAUAACGGGCAGGUUGAGCAACCUGCGAAAGGCGCCGAAGGACCUGCCCGCCGGAUUUAGGUUCCGGGCUGUGCUUCAUCAUGAAGUAGCAAACUGCACGCCUUCAAUCAGCGGGUACAGGAGGUUGGAGGAUAUGGUGAGGGCAUAUCAUAUUCCCCGGACAAUACUGUUACGAACAGGCGCACCCAAUGAGAGGGCUUGCACGGUGUCACAGACAGGUUGGAUCCCAGUGUAUGCGGACCACUUUGACACCGGCCUGCGGUUUCCCCUGCCCAGAUUGGUGUUCGAUCUGCUGGCGGAAUACGAGCUGGCACUGACGCAGCUGACGCCUAACAGCAUAAGGUUUAUUAUUGGCUUUAUGCUGUUGUGCGAGCGACUAGAGGUGCCGGCCAAGGCGAUCGUGUUCAGGUCGCUGUUUCAGUGUCGGCUAUGUCCGAACUCGCGAGGAGCGAAGUGGUACUACCUCUCAGGGAGGGAUAAGAGCCAGCUCUUCAAAAAUGUGAGAAACAAGGUGGCGAGGUGGAAGAGACAGUUUAUUUUCGUUCGCGACACGCGAGCAGAAAGGAUAAGCAACGACCUCGCUGCCCGGCUGUCUGAGUGGCGAACCCCCAACGCUCAUAUCAACUAUCCUCAGCUACUGCCUCGGGAUGUCGAUCUGAAGAACCAACUACUGGAGUAUGCGCGGGGGGAGGGUCUAAUAGAUCUAGAAGCCUUGGUUACCUCGGAGGCUCUCGUCGUGUUAAGGUUUGUCGAUGUAACAAACCUGUUCAGCGAAGGUAUUUUUUUAUCAUAUAGUUUUAAUUGUAGCCGGGCUGAGGCUUAUGCGUUUUUCUGUGCAGGAGACAUGAGCAGCAUCUUGGAACGCCAACGACAGCGGGCCCAAGGCUCACGAGGUCGCGCGUCGGGCAGCACGCAACCCCGUCAGACAAGGUUUGACGAGCGGCCACCCCUAGCGCCUCAAUCACGCGGCCCGUCUCACAGGGGAUCCAGCUCGUCGUCAAGGCCGCAAGCAGAUAACAGACCUGAGGCUGCGGCCCCGAGUGCACGCAGACGUGCACGGGAGGAGACAGAGAGCGAGGAGGACGAGGUCCCCCUUGCUAGGCGCGUAAGAAGUGGGGGGACUCAGCCCACACAGGCACUCGCCCAACAACGGUGCGUUCGCCCAACGCACCGUCAGCGACUGUGCGGGCAGCAGUGGAGCCCGCCGCUGCAUCUACCUCGAUGGGCCUCAGGAUUGCUUAUCCUGAGGGCUUCACUUAUGUGCGGGCAGAAUUGCAGCCUGCCAUGGUGCAAGCCAUGCACAGUUUUGUGCCCCCUUCUGACAAUAAGCGGGCCAAAGCCUUUGUGCAGUAGCAUGGCGGCGUUCAAUUACGCGGUGGCACUGUACGAGAGCGAGCAGGCGGCUCGUACAGAGAACACCGAGCUCGGUGCCAAGUGUAAAGAGCUGGCCAUUGAGAAGGCUAGCCUUGUGGACGAUGUGAAUCGUCUGCAAGGUUCUGAAAUGGCGAACCGAGCUGCUGCCGCGGAGAGCCGAGCAGACGAGCUCGUCAGCAAAAAUAACGAGCUAAGGGAGGAGCUGGAUCGAGCGCGGGCUGAAAAGGAAAGCGGGAUUCAGGCGGCCAAGGAGGAAACCGUCCGGGUUGAGGAACGGGCGAAGAAGGCCGAGGCCGACCGAGACCGCACUCAGCACGAGCUGGCCUCCUUAAGGAAUCAGGUCGCUGAAGCUGCCCGAAAUCUGAACGCAGCUGAAGAGGCCUUGAAUGAACUGAAAGUCACUCACGGGCGCUCUGUCGCGAUGGCACGGGCUCAAGGUGCAGAGUGGCUGGUCGGUUCAGCCGCAUUCCAAGACGCAGUGGCGGUGGCGUCUGCAAACGUAACCACGGAAAUCUACAAUGAGAUUCGUGGGAAGGUGCUGCACCACCGCCCAGAUUUUCCAAUCCGCGAGCUGGUCUUCUUUGACGAGGAGAAGCUCGACGAGCAGGGUAAGAGCCUUGCUCCCCUCGCUGACACAACUGUGAGGCUGAGGUGGGACUUGAACGAGGAAGGCGUGCCCGUCUGGCCACCAUCCGUUCUGGAGGACGGGGAGGACCCAACAGGGCUGGCCUCCUUUGAUGCAUGGGUAGAGGGUGCUCCUGUAGCUGAGCAGAAGCCUUUAAGCACCCCACCCAACUCUCAGCUCGCAGCUGUGCCAUCCAGCUCGCCCGUCAACGCGCCAGCCUCUGAGGCCGCUGCCCGGUCUCCUCCUGCUCGCUCUCCUGCGGCUGCGACUGACGCAUCCAUGCCCGUCGAUCUGACGGAUGACUAGGCUUAGGAUUUGUUGUUUCAUUCUUUUGUACUUUUGUUUUAGCAUUUUUGUAUUUGAUCACUGGAUUCAGAUCGCAUGUACUUCUGUAACAUCAUUGAUGAAAUACAAGAAUGAAUUUUCAUUUGAAUCUUUGUUGCAAUUUCUGUACAUCUUUGUUUACAGCUGUUGAAUAACACCUUAAGCGAAAU